UCCAACUCAGCCGCUAGGGGGCGUCGCCGAGCCCCAGAGCCCUGAACCAGUCUGCUGUGGUUGAACCGUCGCAGAUUGACGGUGCAGCAGUGCAGUCGAGCCGGGGGAGACUGUGUCCACCGAGCCGCUGUCCGAGCAAAUGAAGCCGCCGUUCCCGGAUAACAUGUCUUCCACACUGAUUAUCCGCAAUAUAUAAGGCUUCCCGUUCCUUAUUUUUCGGGUUUCCGACAGUACGCGUCGUCGCCUACCUGUUUAUCCCCCCCACUACCAUCACCUCCCGGAGGCAGAAUGGAAGCCGAGGGAGCGGUCGGCUCGUCGGAGCCCAGGGACGGGAGUCCUCUGUCCGGGGCCGCAUCAUCCGAUGAUGCUGACACGGUCGUCGGGGUUAGCUACGGAAUGGACGCUGGAGACAUGGAUGCUGCUGCAAGGAAAGCCUUCAUCACAGAGAUGCCGUCCUCCUCAGGACUACCUGGUCAGGGGAAGAAAAUUGGCCACAGAGGGGUCGAUGCCUCCGGAGAAACCACUUACAAAAAGACCACAUCCUCAGCCCUGAAAGGAGCCAUCCAGCUGGGCAUCGGCUACACGGUGGGCAACUUGAGCUCCAAGCCCGAGAGGGAUGUGCUGAUGCAGGACUUCUACGUGGUGGAAAGCAUCUUCUUCCCCAGCGAAGGGAGCAACCUCACCCCGGCCCAUCACUUCCCAGACUUCCGAUUCAAAACGUAUGCUCCCGUGGCCUUCCGCUACUUUCGAGAGCUAUUCGGGAUCAGGCCGGAUGACUACUUGUACUCCCUGUGUAACGAGCCGCUGAUCGAGCUGUCCAAUCCUGGCGCGAGCGGCUCUGUCUUCUAUCUCACCAAGGACGACGAGUUCAUCAUCAAAACGGUCAUGCACAAGGAGGCAGAGUUCUUACAGAAGUUGCUGCCGGGCUACUACAUGAACUUGAAUCAGAACCCUCGCACUCUGUUGCCCAAGUUUUUUGGCCUGUACUGCGUCCAGUCAGGAGGCAAGAACAUCCGCGUUGUGGUGAUGAACAACGUGCUGCCCCGCGUCGUCCGCAUGCACCUCAAGUACGAUCUGAAGGGCUCCACCUACAAACGACGAGCAUCCAAGAAAGAGCGCGAGAAGGCCCGGCCUACUUUCAAAGACCUGGACUUCAUGCAGGACCUGCAGGAUGGACUCAUGCUGGAUCAGGACACGUUCAACGCGCUGGUCAAGACGCUGCAGAGGGACUGCCUGGUGCUGGAAAGCUUCAAGAUCAUGGACUACAGUCUCCUGCUAGGAGUGCACAACAUGGACCAAGCGGAGAGGGAGCGGCAGAUGGAAGGCUCCCAAGGCGGCAGCGAUGAGAAACGGCCCCUGGCCCAGCAGAAGGCCCUCUACUCCACCGCCAUGGAGUCCAUUCAGGGCGGGGCUGCCUGCGGGGGAUCAAUUGACACCGAAGACACAAUGGGCGGCAUCCCUGCUGUCAACGGGAAAGGAGAACGACUUCUGCUCUACGUUGGCAUCAUUGACAUCUUACAAUCAUACAGGUUAAUCAAGAAGCUGGAGCACACGUGGAAGGCUUUGGUGCACGAUGGGGACACGGUCUCGGUCCACCGGCCUGGAUUCUACGCUGACAGGUUCUUCAAGUUCAUGAGCAGCACCGUUUUCAGGAAGAGCUCUUCUUUGAAGUCGUCUCCAUCCAAGAAGGGCCGCGUCUCGCUGACAGUACCGAAGUGCGGCGGUCCCGGUGCGGCCUGGUCCGCCAGCCAGCUCCCCUCCGAGAGAGACGAGAACAUUUAUGACCUGAGAGGCGCUCGCAGCUUCCCAACGCUGGAAGACGAAGGACGAGUCGAUCUCCCGUGCACACCUCCGUCCUUUGAGGAGGCCACCACGGCGUCCAUCGCCACUACUCUCUCCUCCACCACCUCUCUGUCCAUCCCUGAACGCUCUCCCUGCGACACCGUUGAUCACCCGCGCUACAGGAGGCACACCCAGUCUCUUAGUCAUGAUGGGAGGACCCAGGAGGAGCUGCGUGUGCGUGAGGAGGAACAGCAGACCAUCACGGUGGAGGUGGAGUUAAAGAAGCACGACAGUGAGCCCACCAUCUCCAUCCCGCAGCCUUUGCCUCAACCCAGUGAUGAUCGGGAGGCAGCCGCUGGAACUUCCACCUCUUCUCCAGCCCCCGAACCCUCCUCCUCCUCCUCCUCGCCCGCCACCGUCACUCCUGCGUCUGCCGAGGCAACCGGAGCCACUCCGUCCAGUCCCAAGCUGGUGGUGGUGGUGGCGGAGACGGCAAGCCACGCGUCAGGCUCGGGGUGCGCCAGCCAGGCUUCAGUUGAUGACGAGGAUGACGUGCCAGUCACGGAUAUCUACUUUCCUCCAGAGGACAGGACCUGGGUGUACUCUCCGCUACACUAUGGCUCAGAGUCUAAGGCCCUGCCAGAUGGGGAUUGGGAAAGAGAGACAUAAAACCACAUUUUGUGACUGUAUGGCGUGAAGGGGAUCGUCCAAGGCCAAAACCUCCUCAACGGUCACAGUCCAAUCUUUUUGUCUCAAGACCGGGGAGAAACAGAAUCAACAGACUGGCGUAGCAGAGAGGUCCCUGCCAUUUCUAUAUGAUACCUGUGUUUACGUGUGACAUAGUACAAGUAUGCUUGUGUGUUAUAUGUUUUUGACGUGACACACUUCCGUUGUAUUUCACAUAAACAUCAACAGACUGGUCAUUGUUUUCCCCAAGGCGGCCAUAUUGGAAGAGGACAAGUCGGUGUGGGUUGUCGCAAAUGUGAGAGGACAUCAAAAGAAUUUUUAUUUAGUCACACCGUGAUGCUGUGGAUUCUGUUAUGAAACGGUGCGGUGGGCAGGUUCUUUUCCAAUGUGGCUGCUUCAUACACGCACAUUGCCAAGUGGGAUAUUUCGGGUUGUCCCACCCCGUGGCUAAAAGCAGCAGUUGUUUUAAUUUUAAGUUAUUUAUGGUUUGAUAAUUAUUAUUUCAUAUGUAUUAUGCUCCACAUAUUUAUUUUCAAAUGUUGCACUUUUUUGAAAUGUCUCUUUCAUCCAAAGCGUUUUAUUCAUCUGUUUGUAUGUACUCCAGUUUCCUCCCAUAUCCCAAAAACGUGCUUGGGAGUGUUGAUUGAAGACUUUAGAUUGCCCGUAGGUAUGAAUGUGAGUGCGAAUGUUUCUAUAUGCCCUGUGAAUGGGUGGCUGACUCCUUACCCCUAUUUAGAUCCCUCUUCCAUACUGCGGUUGACAUUUUUAUUAAUUAUUAUAUUUUUUAAAUUUCAUUUAUUUUGCUAAAAUAUGGUAAAACUGUCUAAUAGAAUUAUAAGAUUGCAUUUGUAAAAAAAUAAAAUAAAAGGGUCUCCCCUUUAACAAACUCGUUCCCCCUAUUUAGAUCCCUAUUCCAUACUGCUGUUGACAUUUUUAUUAAUUGUAAUUUUUUUUUGCUAGAAUAUGGUAAAAAUGUCUAAUAUAAUUAUAAGAUUGCAUUUGUAAAAAUAAAAUGAGAAGCUCUCCCCUUUAACGAACUCCUUACCCCUAUUUAGAUCUCUAUUCCAUACUGUGGUUGACAUUUUUCUUAAUAUUAGUUUUAUUUAUUUUCCUAAAAUAUGGUAAAAAUGUCUCAUAAAAUUAUAAAAUUGCAUUCGUAAAAAAAUUAGAGAAAAUAAAUAGCUCUCCCCUUCAUUGAACACCUUACCCUUAUUUAAAUCCCUAUUCCAUCCUGUAGUUGACAUUUUUAUUAAUUUUAAUAUUUUUUAAAUUGUAUUUAUUUUGCUGAAAUAUGGUAAAAAAUUCUAACAUAAAAUUGCAUUUGUAAAAAAAAAAAAAAGACCUCCCCUUUAACAAACUCCUUACCCCUAUUUAGACCUAUUCUCUACUUUGAUUAAUGUUUAUUAAUGUUAAUAUAUUUUUAUUUAUUUUGCUAAAAUAUGGUCAAAAAUUCUAACAAAAUUGUAUUUGUAAAAAAAUAAAAGACCUCCCCUUUAACAAACUCCUUACCCAUAUUUAGACACCUACUCUCUACUGCUAUUAAUUUUUAUUCAUGUCAAUUUUUUUUCAUUUAUUUUUUUAAAUAUAGUAAAAAUGUCUAAUAGAAUUCUAAAAUUGCUUUUGUAAAAAAUUAUAUAAAAAGGUCUCCCCUUUAUCGAAGUCCUUACCCCUAUUUAGUUCCCAAAUCUAUACUACAGUUGACAUUUUUAUUAAUUUUAAUAUUUUUUAAAAUUUUAUUUAUUUUGCUGAAAUAUGGCCAAAAAUUCUAAGAUAAAAUUGCAUUUGUAAAAAAACAAAAGACCUCCCCUUUAACAAACUCCUUACCCCUAUUUAAACACCUAUUCUCUUCUGCGAUUACCUAAUUUUUCUUGGUAAUUAAAUUUUUUUUUUUGCUGAAAUAUGAUAAUUUCUAUUAUGAAAUUGCAUUUGAAAAAAAAAUUAAAGGCCUCCCUCUUUAAACUUUUUACCCUUAUUAGACACCUAUUCCCUACCACAAUUUACUAAUUGAAUGUCAUACAUGUAUAUAUAAUAUACUAUGACAUUUAAUUCAUUAGGCCUAUUCACCUUUGCAGUAAUAAAACAUCCAUCAUAUGUAGAAGUAUGACCAUGAACAUCAUUGUGGAAAUCAUCACUUACGAUGGAGUUUUAACAAUCAGGACUUUUCUGUGACUUUUCCAGCCGAUGUCAAUGUUUUCGGACUUUUGUAGAAGUAGUGCCUCUGUGGUCAUAUUUGCGGAACCUCUUACUGUAUAUUCGUAUCAUAUGAAUAUGAAUGAACACAGCGCUGACUCAUCUGGAAAGGGGAGCCAUUGUUGAAUGAAACAAACAAAAAAAAAAAAACGCUUCCCAAGCGCCCGCCGUAUUAAACUUUAGAGGUUCAGCUGCAUUUAACGUACUCUGACAAAUGGUCGCUUGUUGUCUUUGUCAUGUGUAACAGAGGUCAGCAUAUUGCUCACGAAAUGUACUUACUCUACCGUGAUCAGAGAUGGAGAGCAUAGCAGCAAUAUUUUCUACAGUCCUCACCUCCUUUUCCUUUUAAAUUGCCUUAUCUGUUCAUUUUCUUGCACUCGUGUGGUCCUUUUCACUUUGUCAUCAUUCUGGUUCUGAAAAUCUGUACAUAAUAUUAAAAAAAGAGAAUAUACAGUAUAUAGAAAAAUAUAGAAAUCUAUUUUCCAUUGGAAAUGGAGAAAUGUUAUUUUUCUUUGGUUUUAUUUUUGCUGGUCGGCCAAGAGACAACUGCAAUCUGUGUAAUUUUGUUGGGUUGUGUUCCUCGGUACCGGGAUGCGGCUGCUCGCAGUACAUGCGAACCGGUAGGGAUUCUUCCGACUUGUUCAUGCUGUGGUGUGUGUUGUGUGUGUCAUCCAAUAGGAAGAGUCCUUUACAGAGACAUAGCAUGAUUUAAAAAAAAAAAAGAAUAAUGCAUAUCAGAAAUGUGUAUUUAUGUAUAUCUGUGAAUAUUCAUCUAUUUAUACCAGAGGAUAAAUAGAUGGCUGUAUAUGUAUGUAUGUAUGUAUGCGUGUGUGUCUGUGGACUCAAUCAGAAUGAAUACAAAAUAAAGCAGUUCUAUGAAUUGUCCAAUG